AACAUUCAUAUAAAAGCCUAUAAAAGGCAUAGCCCCUUCAAAAGUCUCAUCAAAAUGUUCCCGCUGCUGGUUGUGUCGGUACUUUUUCGAAUUGUGGGUGCUCUUUAUAGUAUAUCGGGUCCCACAGAAGUGCUCCUUGAACUCAAUCAUGCACUUGGGACGGAGCUAAACGUUUUUAUCAACUUUCAGGAAUACGGGGGGGAAUCAAGCACUCUUCACACAUUGGACACGCCACGGAUUCAACUUGCAGUGGAGGCCAAUGCAUCCAGCUAUCGACUGACUGGUAACUUUACCGAGAGAGCUCUGGUGGUAGUCUAUCUAGGGGAAUCCCUACUGGAUCCUUCGGCGGCCGAGCUCCUGCCGCAACUGCUGGAUGAGCUUCAUGAGCUUCAAAUCGUGUUCGUGAGCCGAGAGGAUCCCACGUCAUGGCAGCAGGAACUCUUCAGCUACUGCUAUCAAAAAGGCUUUCUCCAUGUCAUCCUAAUUCAUCAAAGCUCGCUCUACACCUAUCUGCCAUAUCCCUCGAUCCAGGUUGUUGAACUCUCCAAUCUCUCAGAAUAUUUCAUAAGGGAGCGGCAAACAUGCAAUUUUCUCGGCUUUACCAUACGUACAGUUUGCACUGAUUUGGCACCACGGGACUUUAAGUAUGUCGACCAAAAGAAUCAACUGUUGCGGUCGGGGUACAUGUACAGCGCACUCAAGGAGUUCGCGGAUCGUUGCAAUGCAACACUUGCUGAUGUGCCGAUACCAGGUGUGGAGGUGAUUAAUAGAUACGAGUCCGUUUUUCAAAUGCUGUAUUCAAAAGAGAUCGACUUCGUAAGUUAUCCGAAAGACCUCCAAUGGGAUGUGAAGUCCUCGCUCCCGCUUUCGAUUCUGAACGAAUAUUUUGUGGUGCCCCAUGCCCCACCCAUCGCCAGCUACAUGUACUUUGCCAAGCCCUUCGGUUGGACCCUCUGGUUGAUCCUGGUGGCCACAGUAUUUUAUGUUACGAUCAUGCUCUUCUUGGUACGCUCGGGACGUGAACGGGGGCAGCGGCGACGACCCCAAAUCGGAGUGUGCUUUCUGCGCAGCCUGAGUCAUUUUCUCUACAUCUCGAACUACGAGACAAGGAUCUCAGGGUGGCAGGACUUACUGGUGUAUAUAAUACUAACGCUAGGUGGAUUCACUUUAACCAACGUUUAUCUGGCCAUGCUCUCGAGCAUGCUAACCUCCGGACUAUACGAGCCACAGUACAACACACUGGAGAGCCUAGCAAAGGCGCCCUAUUCCACUCUACACGAUGAUUACUAUUUAAGAUCGUUCGUCAUGAAAUCGUUUCUGCCCGAGGCUGUCCGCAGGAACAGUAUUUCCAUGAACGGUUCUAUGCUAAAAAAGUUGCGCGAUGGCCUUGAUACCCGCUUUAUGUAUUGUCUUUAUGAGGACCGCCUGGAGCUGGUCCUCCGGCAACAGUACCUACUGAAGACCCCUCGCUGCAAGGUGAUAACACAGAGCAUUGGCUUUGCCCUAGAAUCCCAUGUAGUAUCAAACAGUUUGCCCUAUCUGAGAAUGUUUAACGAGUACACGAGAAGAAUCCAGGAGUAUGGCAUUCUGGCCAAGAUGAAGUCGGACACCUGGACGCAGCUGAUUGAGAAUGGAAUGUACUCUUUAAUGCGGGAUGAGGACCCCUCCGCCAAGGCCUAUGACAUGGAGUUUUAUUUCUUUGCCUUUUUCCUGUGGGCCUUGGGCCUGGCGUUCUCAAUGCUAGUCUUUGUGUGGGAAUUGGUCAAGCAGCGCUAUGACAAUAGGCCUUAAUUGGUAUUAUGCUUCGAAUUAAAUAAUUGUCCAGUGUUUUGGCCCAACUUAAUUUUGUUUCGGAACUAAUCUAUACAAUG